AUGGAAUUAGCUCAUAGCUUAUUGCUGAAUGAAGAAGCUUGCAGUCAACUAGGUGAAGUUCAGAAGGCAGAGUUUAUUUUUGAGUGGUUGAGAUAUUUGGAGAAGCUAUUACUAACAACAAGCAGGAGUGAUGUAAGGGAGAAACAGAAGACUCUUGUUGAACAGCUCCUGUCUUUGAUGAAUAGUUCUCCGGGACCUCCUACACGGAAACUCCUUGCUAAGAAUCUAGCCAUUCUUUAUAGUAUUGGAGACACAUUUUCUGUUUAUGAGACAAUCGAUAAAUGUAAUGAUCUUAUUCGUAGCAAAGAUGAUUCUCCAAGUUACCUUCCCACUAAACUUGCUGCUGUUGUAUGUUUGGGUUCCUUGUACAAGAAAUUAGGAAGACUGUUAGGUAACACCUUCACUGAUACUGUGGGAAAUAUUCUUAAAGCAAUGAAAAGUGCAGAGUCUCAAGGUCGAUAUGAGAUUAUGCUAAGUCUACAGAAUAUUUUAAGUGGACUAGGAGCUGCUGCUACACCUUGCCACAGGGAUAUUUAUAAAGCUGCUCGAUCAUGCUUAACAGAUAGAUCCAUGGCAGUUCGUUGUGCUGCUGCAAAGUGUCUCCUUGAACUUCAGGAUGAGGCUGUCUUUAUGUGGAGCACAGACCUGGAUAGUGUUGCCACACUGUGCUUUAAAUCCUUUGAAGGUUCUAGUUAUGAUGUGCGGAUUUCUGUUUCAAAGCUGCUGGGCACAGUCUUGGCUAAAGCUCUAAUUUCUGUACAUCCAGGAACAGCAGCCUCACGUCAAAGCAUUCGCAAAAUAUCUCUGGAGGAAGUUCUGGAAUUACUAGGAACAGGAUUUCUUCGUGGGAGUUCAGGAUUUCUUCGAGCCAGUGGAGAUAUGCUGAAAGGAACCAGUUCAGUCAGUAGGGAAGUUCGAGUUGGAGUUACUCAGGUUUAUGUUGUAUUUGUUUCUACACUCGGAGGAGCUUGGUUAGAGAGAAAUUUUGCUCCCUUUCUUUCUCAUAUCCUAAACCUUGUGUCACAGUCAUUCUCUAAAGCCACACAGAUUGAUGCUGUCUGCUGUCGCCGUUGUGUUUCUUUCAUCCUUCGAGCUACUAUAGGAAGCCUUCUUGGAGAAAAGGCUCAAAUUGCUGCUGCCAAGGAUAUUUGCCAAACCAUUUGGAAACAAAAGAAAGUUAUAGAUGCUGUAAUGAGUGAUGGUAAUUUGGAGACCCGGAUUGGAUCCACAGAUGUAGCAGCCAGCCAACACAUGCUGGUGUGUGCUUUACAAGAACUUGGAAAUCUUAUUCACAGUCUCAGCACCACAGCUGCACCUUUGCUGCAAGAUUCAAGUGCAGGCAUUCUUGACAGUGUCACUUCAGUUAUUCUUCAUCCUUGCAUGUCCGUUCGACUUGCAGCAGCUUGGUGUUUACACUGUAUUGCUGUAGCAUUACCUUCCUACCUGACACCACUCUUAGACCGUUGUCUUGAACGACUUACUGUGUUCAAGUCUUCACCCGAAGCAGUGACUGGCUUUAGUUUUGCUGUGGCAUCUUUGUUGGGAGCAGUGAAACAUUGUCCUUUAGGAAUUCCUCACGGAAAGGGCAAGGUUAUUAUGACAUUAGCAGAGGAUUUGCUGUGUUCUGCUACUCAAAACAGUCGCCUUUCAGCUCAACGCACACAAGCUGGAUGGCUGUUGAUUGCCUCUCUGAUGACAUUGGGUCCUGCAGUUGUCAGUCAUCACCUUGCUCGGGUUCUGCUGUUGUGGAAAUGUGUCUUUCCAGUAUCUCCUAAAGAUUUAGAAACAGAGAAGAGCAGAGGAGAUUCAUUUACAUGGCAGGUAACCUUGGAAGGACGAGCUGGUGCAUUAUGUGCUAUCAAGAGCUUUGUUUCCUACUGUGGUGAACUCCUUACUGAGGAAGUAAUUCAGCAUCUUCUUCCACCACUUCCUUGUGCUGUGGAUUUUCUAACUCAGCUUACUUCAAUACUAAAAACUUAUGGAAGUCCUUUGAAAACACCAUCAGUAGUUUAUAGACAAAGACUUUAUGAACUAUUGAUUUUAUUACCUCCUGAAACCUAUGAAGGAAACCUCUGUGCUAUACUCAAAGAGCUGGCUGCUGACUUGACUACUCCUGACAUCCAGGUGGCAGCAUCCACAUUUUUACUUCCACCACUGUGUCAUCAGGAUGAUCUUUUGAUAUUGAGUCCCCUGCUUCAAGAGACUGACCAUAGAUUUAUUGAAGAACAGCUCCUGCUUGGUAAUGGUGUUGCUUGUGGAAGUCUCGAGUAUGACCCUUAUUCUAUAUAUGAAAAAGAUGUAGAAGGCGAUUCAGUGCCUAAACCCCUACCUCCAACACUUUCAGUUGUUAACUCUGCAGCCAAGCUCUUUGGAGUUAUAUGUGCUCAUGUGGGAGAAGCUCAAAGGCUUCUUAUAUUGGAACAACUUUUGGACAGUAUAAAACGCACAAAAGGAGCUCAUCAGCAAGUAGUUCAGUUACAUGUUAUUUCUUCAUUUUCCAAUUUUUUGAAGUACAUGGCUAGCUCCAAAGGAAGUUUAGGUCCAGAAGAAAUGAGAAGACCUGCCCUAACAUUAGUGAUGGGAGCCCUAGAAAGUCCCAACCCCCUAUUGAGAUGUGCUGCUGCAGAGGCAUGGGCUAGAUUAGCCCAGGUGGUCGAUGAUGGAGUUUUUACUGCUGGAUUAGCUCAAAUUAGCUUUGACAAAUUGAAGUCUGCAAGAGACGUGGUUACGAGAACAGGGCAUUCAUUGGCUUUGGGAUCCCUGUAUAGGUACUUAGGAGGAAUAAAUUCUUCUCAACACUUGAAUUCUUGUGUUGGAAUACUUUAUACUUUGUCUCAGGACAGUACUUCUCCUGAUAUGCAGACCUGGGCACUACACUCUCUGUCAUUGAUAAUUGAUUCUGCCGGCCCACUGUAUUAUGUGCAUGUAGAACCUACCUUGUCUCUUAUCAUAAUGUUGUUGUUAAAUGUGCCUCCCACUCAUGCUGAAGUUCACCAAAGUCUUGGUCGCUGUUUGAAUGCCCUCAUCACCACAUUGGGUCCAGAGCUGCAAGGCAACAGUACUUCAGUUUCUACCCUAAGGACUUCUUGCCUCUUGGGUUGUGCAGUAAUGCAGGAUAACCCAGACUGCCUUGUUCAAGCUCAAGCCAUCUCUUGCCUUCAGCAGCUUCAUAUGUUUGCUCCACGACAUGUCAACUUGUCUAGCCUUGUCAGCUGCCUUUGUGUUAAUCUCUGUAGUCCCUAUUUGUUACUGAGAAGAGCAGUACUGGCUUGUUUACGUCAGCUUGUACAGAGAGAAGCAACUGAAGUUUCAGAACAUGCUGUUUUGCUUGCUAAGGAUAACAGAGAGGAGUUGAAUCCAGAUACUAACAUCAGAGAAGUUGGUCUUGAAGGAGCACUGUUGACCUUACUAGACAAAGAAACAGAUCAAAGGCUAUGCCAUGAUAUCAAAGAGACUUUGAAUCAUAUGCUAACGUCUAUGGCAGUGGAAAAACUCUCCUUUUGGUUAAAGCUUUGUAAAGAUAUACUUGCUGCAUCAGCUGAUUUUACAAGUAUAACUUGUGUGGAUACAAUGCAAGAAGAAGAGGAAGAUAAAGGGGAUGAUUCUUCAGUGUUGACCACCAGAAAUAAUGAAAAAUCCCAUCCUUUUACCAAUCCCCGAUGGGCUACCAGAGUCUUUGCUACUGAAUGUGUCUGUAGGAUAAUUAACCAAUGUGAGAAUGCAGACAGCGCACAUUUUGACAUUGCUCUAGCACAAGAAAUUAAAAAAAGGGAUUCCAGAAAUGACUUUUUGGUGCUACAUCUUGCUGACUUAAUUCGCAUGGCUUUUAUGGCUGCAACAGAUCACAGUGACCAGCUCCGACUUUCUGGCCUUGAAACAUUGUUAGUUGUUAUUCGGCGAUUUGCAACUAUUCCAGAACCAGAGUUUCCAGGUCAUGUGAUUCUGGAACAGUAUCAAGCCAAUGUAGGAGCAGCACUUAGACCUGCCUUCACUUCAGAGACACCACCUGAUGUCAUUGCCAAAGCAUGUCAAGUUUGCAGUGCCUGGAUAGCAAGUGGAGUUGUUAGUGACCUUAAUGACCUUCGAAGAGUUCAUCAGUUGCUUGUUUCAUCAUUGACAAAAAUACAGGCUGGAAAAGAAGCUCUAAGUCACUUGUAUAAUGAAAGUGCUUCUACGAUGGAGAUCUUAGCAGUGCUAAAAGCCUGGGCAGAGGUCUACAUAAUUGCUGUAGAAAGACAGAAAAGAUACAAACAGCCUUUGAAGACUACCACCUGUUCAGAGGAGAGUGACAAAAAUGGGUCCAUUUCAUCAGAUGGACUGCUUGACUUAGUCCACACAGAUCUUGGCACACUCAGUAGACUGUGGCUUGCUGCACUUCAGGAUUUUGCUCUCUUAACUUUGCCUUCGGAAUUUGCAUCCCAACUUCCUGUGGAAGGUGGUGCUUUCUACACAGCAGAGACUGGUGAAAAUGCAAAAAUGCAUUAUUACAACUCCUGGGCAUUUAUCCUCCAUGCUACAGCAUUGUGGCUUACAAGCACAGGCUUUAUUGUUGCUGACCUAGAUGAAGGAUCCUCUAAUCUUUCAAGACCUGUAACACCAACUUCCAUGUGUCAGGGUUCAUCAUCUGGAACUACAGUAAAAUCCCCUGAGGAUAUUUACACCGAUAGAUUCCAUCUUAUUUUAGGUAUUAGUGUGGAAUUUCUGUGUUCCUUGCGUUCAGAUGCAACCAUGGAUAGCAUUACUGCAUGUUUACAUGCAUUACAAGCCCUUCUUGAUGUUCCUUGGCCCAGAUCAAAAAUUGGCAGUGAUCAGGACUUGGGUAUCGAGUUGUUAAAUGUGCUGCAUCGAGUCAUUUUGACGAGAGAAUCACCUUCCAUUCAACUGGCUUCACUUGAAGUGGUCAGACAGAUUAUAUGUGCGGCUCAAGAACAUGUGAAGGAGAAAAGAAGAAGUGCAGAGGUUGAUGAUGGGGCUGCUGAAAAGGAAACCUUGCCAGAGUUUGGAGAGGGAAAGGACACAGGAGGACUUGUGCCUGGGAAGUCUUUGGUCUUUGCUACACUGGAAUUGUGUGUAUGCAUUCUGGUUAGACAGCUCCCAGAACUAAACCCUAAAUUGACAAGUAGUCCAGGAGUAAAAUCUGCAAAGCCACAGUUAUUGUCAGAAGAUGGAAGUAAAUUGGUGUCAGCUGCCUUGAUCAUUCUCUCUGAACUUCCUGCGGUGUGCUCUCCUGAAGGAAGCAUCUCAGUUCUCCCUACUAUACUGUACCUCACAAUUGGAGUCCUCAGAGAAACUGCUGUGAAGUUACCUGGGGGCCAGUUAUCUUCAACAGUUGCAGCUUCCCUACAGGCUCUGAAAGAAAUAUUAUCUUCUCCCAUGGCUCGAGCAGAAAAGAGCCAUACUGCUUGGACUGACCUCCUCCGUAGCGCUUUAACAACAAUUCUUGAUUGUUGGGAUCCAGUGGAUGGAAUACACCAAGACCUUGAUGAAGUCAGUCUCCUUACUGCUGUGACAGUAUUUAUUUUGUCUACCAGUCCAGAAGUGACUACUAUCCCAUGUCUUCAAAAACGCUGCAUUGAGAAAUUUAAAGCUACUCUUGAGAUGAAAGAUCCUAUGGUACAAAUCAAGACCUAUCAGCUCCUACUUUCCAUUUUUCAAUAUCCGAACCCAGCUAUUUCCUACCCGUACAUUUACUCUUUAGCAUCAUCUAUUGUGGAAAAACUGCAGGAAAUAGAUAAGAGAAAACCUGAAGACACUGCUGAGCUUCAAAUCUUUCAAGAAGGAAUAAAGGUCUUGGAAACACUGGUGGUUGUUGCUGAAGAACAGCAUCGCUCUCAGCUGGUGGCCUGUCUUCUGCCCAUCCUGAUUUCCUUCCUUUUAGAUGAGAAUGCCCUGGGAUCAGCAACUGCUAUCAUGAGAAAUUUACAUGACUUUGCUUUGCAAAAUCUCAUGCAGAUUGGGCCUCAGUAUUCCUCAGUUUUUAAAAGUGUCAUGGCGUCUUCUCCAACCUUGAAAGCCCGCCUGGAGGCUGCUAUAAAGGGCAAUAAAGAAAGUGUCAAAGUCAAGAUACCAACAUCUAAGCAUACUAAGAAUACUGCAAAGAAUUUAAGUAUCCAAUUAAAGACCAAUUUCCUCUGA